UUCGCCCUCGCCCUCUCCUCGUUGCUGCUUCUGCAGCCAUGACUGAGGAGCCGUACGAGAAGUUCCUGGCCCCCGAGGAGCCGUGCCCGCUGCUCUCGCACCAGCACCCGCCGCGGGGCGGCAGCUUGAGCCUGAGCGAGGAGGGCUGCCUGGACGUCAGCGACUUCGGCUGCCAGCUCUCCUCCUGCCACCGCACCGACCCGCUCCACCGCUUCCACUCCAACAGGUGGAACUUGACGUCUUGUGGAACCAGUGUAGCCAGCUCAGAGUGCAGUGAGGAGCUGUUCUCAUCGGUUUCAGUGGGUGAUCAGGAUGACUGCUACUCUCUGUUGGAUGACCAGGAGUUCACCUCUUUUGAUCUGUUCCCUGAGGGCAGCGUCUGCAGUGAUGUCUCCUCUUCUAUCAGCACGUACUGGGACUGGUCUGACAGUGAGUUUGAAUGGCAGUUGCCUGGCAGCGACAUUACAAGUGGGAGUGAUGUACUUUCUGAUGUUAUACCUAGUAUUCCAAGCUCUCCUUGUCUGCUUCCGAAAAAGAAAAACAAGCACAGGAAUCUUGAUGAACUUCCAUGGAGCGCAAUGACAAAUGAUGAACAGGUCGAAUAUAUUGAAUAUUUGAGUCGCAAAGUCAGUACAGAGAUGGGCCUUCGAGAGCAACUUGAUAUUAUUAAAAUUAUUGAUCCUGCUGCUCAGAUCUCACCUACAGAUAGUGAAUUCAUUAUUGAAUUGAACUGUCUCACAGAUGAAAAACUAAAGCAGGUGAGAAACUAUAUCAAGGAACAUGGACCUCGUCAACGGUCUGCAAGGGAAGGCUGGAAGAGGAGUAGCUACAGUUGUGCAAGUACCAGUGGUGUGAGCGGUGCCAGUGCCAGCAGCAGCAGCGCCAGCAUGGUCAGCUCAGCAAGCAGCAGUGGUUCUAGUGUGGCAAACUCCGCUUCAAACUCAAGUGCCAACAUGAGUCGGGCACACAGCGAUAGUAAUUUAUCCACAAGUGCUGCAGAAAGAAUCCGGGAUUCAAAAAAACGUUCCAAGCAACGGAAACUACAGCAAAAGGCCUUACGCAAGAGACAGCUGAAAGAACAAAGACAAGCUCGUAAGGAAAGACUGAGUGGAUUAUUUCUUAAUGAAGAAGUGCUCUCGUUAAAAGUGACUGAGGAAGACCACGAAGGAGAUGUGGAUGUUUUGAUGUGACAGGGGUGAAUUUUAUCAGUGUUCUUUCUAAGCCUUAAAUGUAUUAUCCUUAUUGUUUACAUAUAUUUCUUGACCAAAUGUUGAUUAGUGCUAACAGUACAAGCCAGAUCUUUUCUCAAGCGUCAUUUUGGUAAGAAGGUCUACUUAUUGAGUAACUUCACCUUUUUGGGACUAAUUUUGAAACAAAGGCUUCAGAAACUUACCUGGCUGCUGAAAAGCUGCUGAAUGGAUACAAUGUUAAGGACAUUUCAACUUGACUGACAUGCCAGCUUACUUGUGAGACAAGUCUAAAGUUGCUUUUCGAUGACACUAAGCAUGCAUUACUGUGCUUCAGCUUUUUUGUUUUUUCCAACUCAAAGUUAAUAUUACACUUGGCUCGUUCUGUCUUCCUUUCCUGUUAUUGGAAGAUUGUUUAGCGUGAGGAAAAUAUUUUCAGUUCUAUAGGGCUUUCUUCAGUCUUGCUCUUGGAUCAUACAAAUUCGAAGUACUGUGCUAAAUCCUUUUCUAGAGGUUACAAUUUAACUCCAAACUACACAGAAAACAAGAAGCAGGACUUCUAAUGCAGGGAAUUUGUGACAGAAAUAAUGCCUCGUAAUGUAGUUCUUUAGAAAGCAAUUAGAAUUAAAAAAACCCAAACUUGCAGGCUUAGUCUUUUGCUGCUCAAUAUCAUAUAGUAUGUUACUAAUGGUUGACCAGUACAUCCCCAAUAUUGCUAUUAAGAGAUUCAAAUAAAAAAAUCUUUAUGUACUGAAGUACACUAAUCUGCAAUUAAGUUGUCUAGGACACUACUUACAACAGUUAAAAAUACUGCUGGAAACUGAAGUGCAAACAACUGGAACACAACUUUGGUGGCUUUUUUUUUCCUCCAGAAGCAUAUCUAAAUAGGUUCUUGUUGUUGGCAAAGAGAUCUUAAUUAAUGCAGCUGUGCUUUUUAAUUGUAUGUUUAGCUGAGGAUGUCUUCUAUGUGAGUUGUUCCACCAUUAUAUGUUUCAGAAUUCUUUUGCUGUCCGUCUGCUUUUGAAAUUUCUCUUCCUAGGAAAAUGAGCUUAAAAAAAAAUGUGGCUUUCAGGCUGGGAGGUAAAAGUAGUUUUAACCUGUUUCCUAGUUAAGGUGACUUUGGUCUUUAUCUUGGAACUACUUGUUACAGCACUCCUCCCCCCCAGCAGAGAUAAAAAUGUUACUUCUGAAUUUCAAUGUGAAACUUAAAAGAUGAUAGAAGUAUUUUCUGAGUUUUACAAGUAUUUUUUCUUUAUUGUGGUACUUCAUUACUUUCGUUUUUCCCUUAUGAAUUCAAGAGUUUGGCAGUUUAGUGUGGUCUUGGCUGCCUGUAAUUGCAGGAUAUAGCCCAGUCCUGCAGAAUUGCAUGACCAUCUUCUUUUAGCACUACUUGCUUUCAUUUUGCAUGUCCUGCACAGACUUACUAGCCUUGACAGCUGAAGUGUUUUUCUUUCAGAAGAGACAUUCUUUGAAGACUCAAGAUAAACUGACUAGAAAAAUACCUAAACAGUGGCCUCUGAAAGGGCUUCAAUAAGACAUAAACGAGGUCCAUAGUCAAACUAGUAUGUGUGAACUACUAGUCUCUAUUCCUGGUGCUAGACAACAGGUACCCAAACUUGGCCACUGUCUGAUUAAUGUGUAAUAUCAUUUUUAACUCGAGUGGUAGCUCCCAUACGGCCAGUUAUUUAGCUGCUAGCCAGAAGUGACUACUACCUGUUGGUAUUUUCUUGCACUCCACUGAGGUGGUUGAUGUCUCCUUUCCUCCUGUAGAAACAAUACCAAAAAAGUUUCAGUAGUAUCCAAGUUACUCAGAAUUUAGAUUAAGUAAAUCUAGAGCUUCUUUUAAGUGUUUUGGCUAGAAGAAAAAAUUGAAUUAAUGUAAGUUCAACUAAUUUCAGGGAGCAGUUGUUGAACUCUUGCAACUUACCGUGGCUGUAAUGGGUGAAUUCAUCAUGAAACAUUUCACUGUGUGUAUACUGUCACAGUUCUGUACAUCUUUUAUUUUCUGCAGUGACUUUGAGAUGCGAUUUUUUUUUUUCUCCGAAAGAGAAAUGCACGCUUAAUACUGUAGAGAAUUGAGACACUGAAAUAAAUAGGUGCAAUGUCUCAGCAUGGUGGAGCAUGAAAGUGUGUCACUUCAUAUUUUUUCAGCAGAUUUUCAUAGUUUAAAUCCUUCAGAGUUUGUUGAUAGAAGAUCCCUGAUUUUGAUGAGGAACAGUUCUUUUUGGUCACCUGUCUACUAGCUUCCAGAGAUCGUGAAAUGAGGGAGAAUAGUGUUUCCGUCUUGAUCUUAGUGUGAGCAUGUAAUUAUAGAUAAUCCAGGUGAUUCGAUGGGUCAAGUUGCUCAUCUGUUACAUUGGAUGAAAGGUUCUUGCGUGCCACAGUAGAUGAUUGUGGUAUGUCCUCUCCAGCUGGGUACUUCAGUCCCUUGUGUGACAGUUAAAACGAUAGAAGAGAGUGAUUUCCAGGGAUUCCAUGAUAAUAAUUUAUAGCUCUGUAAUCCUAUAGUCCCAGGAUCAUUACAAUUUAGGAAUACAAAAUUCUGAAUACAGAAUAAUCUCUGGCUCACUUGAAUGUUUUAUUUGCCAGCCACCUGGCAUCUCAGAGAAUCAGGCCUGAAGUAGCUGUGGGAUUCAAGUGUUCUCUCAUCCUUCUAUGUGUUUGGGUGCCCCUCCCCCUUUUUUUUUCCCCACAUUUUCCUUAGUUCUAAUGACACCCUCAUUUCAUGGAGAAAUGAGGUAAUUUUGUCAGAUUCUUGUAUUUCCUUGCAUUAUGCUGUGUGCUUACCUGGGGAGGCGGUGGAGUCGCCAUCCCUGGAGGUAUUUAAAAGACGUGUAGAUAUGGUGCUUAGAGACAUGGUUUAGUGGUGGAGCGGGCAGUGUUAGGUUUACAGUUGGACUUGAUGAUCUUAAAGGUCUUUUCCAACCUAAAUGAUUCUAUGAUUCUAUGAAUUUGUAUUGGAUACCUGUGACAUUAUUCAAUUAGUUGGAAUAUUGGUUAAACCUGGUCUUGCUGAUUCAAGUGUUGGCCAUUGGGUCUACUGCUUUGUUUCACUGGAAGUUAUCUACAGGUUAUUGAGUACAAAUAAAGAAGAGUAACAGACUGCUAAAAACAUGCAACCUUAUUAGUGUGUUUUUUAAAAAGAGUUAAAUAGCUUCUUUUUAUUCAUAGAUAAAAAAUGUCAAGCUUAAAAGCAAAACAGACAAACUGGAAAAAGCUCAUAGUUGUAUGGCUCCAUGGGACUGAAGCUGUAUCUCUAGGUGCUUUGUACCCACUGUAAUAUGAAAUCAACUUACACUCUGUAAUGUUAACAGUUUGCUUCCAUGGUCACUUUUUCUCUAAAAAGGCUUAGAAGGAGCACUGAAAGUCCGAUUGCAAUAGGACUAUAAAGAAUAGAGAACAUUUUUUUUCUAGUAUGAUUUUACAUAUGAGGAAGAAAGCUAGCUGCCUAACAAACCUGUCUAACCUUUGUGUGUGUAUCUAAUGUCAUUCUUUGUUAAGAUAUCUAUUUUUCUUUAUCUGGGAAACUGUUUAAAAGAUGUUUAUAAUAUACUCAAUAUGGGGUGCUUACUAAGAAGACCUGGAAAAGUCUUUGCAGGACUUUUUCUGGGCUUUGCUUUUAAUUCUCAUAUUGUGGUUUGAAACCUGUGAAGAUCAUUCUCUGGCGUUAAAACAAACCAACCAACCUGCUUGAACUUAUUCAUAUGCAUUUACAUCAGAGUGCAAAUAGAAUAUAGAAACAUUAUAAAAUCGCAAUAUUUACUGUUCAUCUAUGCUGAAUGGCUUGAAGCCAUUUAUUUUCUCCUAACACUCCUUGGGUUUUGAAAUGAGUUGAUGCAUUGGUCUAUAAAUAUUAAUAAAUCUAAUUGUUUUCGGGGACUCUUGAAGUUCAUUCUUAGAAGCCAGAUUUUCAUGGCAAAUGUUGUUAGAUCUGUUGGUUUAAUAUUCCUUGGCUUACUCAUCUUGCAGUUCUUGGGCCUAGAAAAGACAAGUCAACAUGCAAUUUCCCAUUUAAGGAUUGCAAAGAUAUUUUAUUAAUCUACCAAGGGCAAAUCCUAGUAAUAGUCAAAGCUUAUUUAUUUUGACUAUUAAUUCUGAUUGAUCACACUUGCUUGCUAUUAUCUGGCUAACUUUAAAAUGUUUCCAAAUUCCAGAUAAAUUCUUCAGUUUAAUAACAAAAUUGUAAUGUUGAAGCCUUGAAUAUAGUUCAUAACCAAAGCAAAGUAGAAUUGGGGGCUUGUGAUGUUUUUUCUUUUCUGGGGGAGAGAAGGGUGUAUAGAUAGCGUGUAUAUGGUACUGCUUAAAUUGAGUUGCCCCCCAAGUUCUCUGCUAAUUGUAUUGCUAAAAUGCACUUUUGUAUAGAAAACGGUUCUCUGUACAUUCUGUAUCUACUUUCCACAAUGUUUAUAGAGAUUUUUCUGAAGUUGUGAAGGAUUUACUGAAAGCUGCAAUGCUGGUGGCGAAUGCGGUUGACUUCAAGUUUUCAUUGUAUUUGAAAACAGUUAUGUGCUUAUUGAAGUACAGGUUGGAAUUAAAAUUGAUGACAUAGCAAAGAUGAUGAAACUAUAUGUGGUAUCUUCUUCAGAGCAGAGGGAUGCAUGUCUAGGCUUGCUUACUCACUGUUUAGGCAGAAAGUACAAAUAAAGUGGCACAUGUUAAGUGUUCUUUGUGACAGAGAUCAAACCAGUCCCUCCUUAAACAAGUGCUGUUUGUUAUCAACAAAAUCUGACUUGAAUUGUUUCAUAGGAAAGCAGUUAUUUGUCGUGAAUGAUAUAACCCCAAAUCUUGUACUGAAAGUUUUGAUUUCUGUGCCAGAGUAUUUUUUAUAUAUGUGCUGCGUAUUACCUAGCUGUGGGCAUAGGAAGUCUCACUUCUGUUGCCAACUCUGAAUGGUCUUCUGCUGUCACCCUCUGUACCCAUAGCUGUCAAACCACCACCUGUCCUGUGAUGUUCAAAAUUCCUAAUAAGACUUACAUGCUGGCACCCUACCAUGCUCUUACAUCAUGCAGGUACGCUGUUGUAAAUCCAGAUGUCCUUUGCUACAGCAGAAGCUGGUCUGCUCGAGGACUCCAGAAGCUGCAGUGAUGCACACCAAGUCAUACAGCACCGGCAAAGACACGGCAGUGACAAUGGCUUUGCAAUCACCAGUGUUUGAGUAGGCUGCUGUGAAGCUCACUUGCCAGCCUGCAUAUUCUGUAUUGUCCCUGAACCAAAGCUGCCUUGUGCAAUACUGAAGUUUCAGGUCUAAUAUGACAGAAAGUCCUUUUUCCUCUUGAAAUCCAGCAGAAAAAUUCUGAGAACCUGAGAAGGGAAUAACUGGCCUAAGUACGUGUUCCUCAGUGUUCAGAAAGCCUCUUGCAGCAUCUCAAGAAUCUAAACUGCCUUGUCCAUCCCUGCUGAAGCUCAUCAAAUGCUUAUGGAAGUUGAUUCUUGUCAAACAGUUACGGAAGUUAAAAUCAACCACAUGUUGCCAUCCCAGACUGUUUCUGUAGAUAUUGGCGGACGGAGAGAGACAGAUGUAGGCAGAAACGGUGCGUGUCACGGCAAGUCUUGGCACUGUCAGAGACCUUUAAUUGUUAUGGAGUCUGCAACUGGGAAGCAGCACAAUGUAACUGCGGAAGCUGCUGCUCUUGUGUCGCUUUGCCUCCACUUCAACAACCUACUUGUGCUUUUUGUCUGUUUUUGCCUAAAGGUGAUUGACAGUGCAGUGUGAUUUGCAGCAAAACAAAUCAAAAUAUUGUGAAGGACCUUGGCCUGUUGUGGUGGUCGCGUGUGGUAAGGACGUCUUGCUCCCUGGAUGGCACCUUGGAGUUGCAGGGAAGUUGCUUAUGCUUUCUGACUGGCAGGAUCCCAGUGAGCUGAGCUGCUGUGCUUUGGACUUCUGAACUUUCCCAGUAAGUCUUGUUGCAGCAGUUCAUUACUGAGGUGGCAGUUGGGUGGAUGAAUAAUGAUACCUCCUGGCAAGCAGCUGCCUUAUCUGUCAAGUGAGGUCAUGCAGGCAGAACUAAACACUGCGGGUUAUGGAUCUUUUAUUAUCUCUCCUUAAACAUUUCUUCAUUUAUCUCUCAAGCAUUUCUCUGCAAUGAGAAAGUCUCACUUGAUGGCCAAAAGCUGCUAAGGCACAAGCUGGAACAAGAUUUCCACACUGGCAAAACAAAUUGAUAAACCUACUUUACUAAAUUGGUAGAGAAAGAGGGCAUUGCUGUGAUCUUGCUGUCCUCACCCCUCUCUUACUACUGGCCUGAACAUUUUCCAGUACUGAAAUAAUUAGAGUUUCGUUUCCUCAACUGCUUUGUAUGUGCUCCCAAGUAUCCUGUGUCCUACCAGAUAGAAAUGAGCAUUCUUUUCACCUCCCUCCAGAACAUUCAUCACUUGUAAAUGGUUUCUCUGGUGCUGAGAUGUGGAUUUGAAUUUAAAUUCAAUUUCUGAUCUAAGACCUCAUUUCAUGCUGUUUUCUACCUACUGCAGUGACUUGUGCUCAGCAGCAUCACUGGUGUAAAAACUUGUUUCUCAUAACGUAGUCCACGUUCCUGAGGCGUAAGUGUGAUAAUUCAUUUAGAGUCUUUCUAAUGCUAUUUCAGUUGAAGUGCCUGCUGUACUGCUACUCUAUUUCUUGGAGAAAGAUGGUGUAGAUGAGAUUUGGAGUUUGACCAGGACUUCCCUGUGAUUUUAGCGGAAGGUGCCUGGCUCACCUGUGUGUGUUGGCACUAGAGGGAGUGCUGCAGUCACCUUCCUUGCCUGUGAGCCUGCAGCUGCCAACGCAGCUUUGCCACAAACACUUUCCUUUAUGCAGCUACGUCCAAUUCAAAUCAUAUUAGGGGGAUUUUCAUGUCUUGUGAUGGUUUUGGAGGAGGAAUGUGUCUGUGAAGAGUUAGUUUUACAAUUAUAACCUUUUCAGUGACAGGGAAAAAAAAUUAUUCUGUUUGUGGUGAUUGCUAAUUCCUGCCUGAUGCUGCUUAUUGCAAUUGGAAGAUGGAAGUAUUUUCCUGUUUAGUGUUAACUUCUGUAUGCACACUGUAUUGCUGCUUUAAAUUUCCUGGUUUCUGUUUCAAAUUCAGCCUUCCUCACUGUGGGCCAAGAAUUUCACAGUUGAAAAUAUUAGGUGACGAUGGAAAACAAGCAGCCAACUUUUAAUGCACUACGUCUCAUAAUGCAGAUACCUUUUUGUCCCUGGAAGGCAAGAGAGAGAUGUAGCUCGAUUACCUUUAUUUUUUUUGAAUAAUAACUUGUAAAUAGGGCUUUGGAGCUUCCUUGGAGCAAAGGAAAAUGCUGCUUCAAUGGGAGAUGUUCUGAAGUUAAGAGGAUUUUUUUUCUUUACUUGACAGACAAUUAUUGCUACCUUUUGAAUAAAGCUUGCUAACACAUAUAAUUGCAGAGAACACGUGGGGCGUGUUCUCCCUGGCAUCUCAGGUUCAUUCUUGGAAGUGAAGCUUUUAAUGGUCAUAUACAGAAUUAGGAAUGCUUUGAGCACUCGUAUGUGGUUGUGCAGAGAUGCUCGUGACUGUCAUCCUCUCCUAUUUUUGUGUCAGUAGCUGUCAUAAAAGCAAAAUGCAAAAGGGAAUACAAGUUCUAGUCAUCAAGUGAAAGAUUUAUUUAGACAAAUCUUUGCUCAGUGAUGGCUUAUAAGAUCUUUGUUGUAAAAUUGUCACAUUACUGGAGUAGAGACACACUUGUUCAGCUGGGAAACUGCUGUCAGCAGGCCCUGAGUGUGCAGUUGCGGGGUGAUCUGAGACAGCUUGCUGGAAACACACUUCUGGUCCUUGCAUUGGCCAUGCUCUGUAGAAAAGAUGGAAUGUCUUUUCUCAUUUCUAAGUUCUUUUCACAGAAGCACCAUCAUACAAAUCUUAUGACCCAGCAAUGUGCACCUUCACAGCAUUCUUGUCUGCUCUUCCUUCAGUGUCAAAGAACUGAUGUCAUUGGCAUGGUAUUUGUGAAAUCCUGGACUUCAUAAACACAUGCACUAUAUUUCUCUUUAUUGCUACAUUAUGGCAUUGCAAGAAAACAGGAUGCUUCUAAUAACACCACAUCUUGUACUUGACCUUUUUUCUAAGUCAAAUCAUUGGGCUGUCCACUACCUGGCUGGUAGUUUCUAGCAAGAGCAGCGUGAGCUGCCUGGCAUUUACUGUGGAUUAUUUUCGCUUAGGACUUUGCAAGUCUUGGAUGGUUCUGCUUGGCAAUUCCUCUUUGCUCUGUUAGAAGGUAGACCAGCUUUUGGACCUCCCCACCACAUUGGUUCAUCAACACUGCUGCAUUGUGGCAAAUCUAACUCCUCUCCUGGCUUAAACCUCAUGUUUUCCAUGUGAUUCCUAGCAUUGCAAAAGCUACUGAGCAGAGCAAAAACAUUGUUUGUUAGGAGGGUCUCAGAACUUGGGAAUUAUGGUGCUGAGUAUGACUUUCACAAGUUUAUUUAUUCUAUUCAACUAAUGAUCCCUUUUGAAAGCAUAAUUGAACACUAAAGUUGAUCAAAUUGCUGUGUAUUUAUUUAAUGUUCUUAAAUCAUGUUUGAUAUCCAGCCAACUCUACUUUUAAAUAAUCCCUGUCUGGUAGUACAGGGAUCCAAGACCUAUGACGUGUAGGGCAUCAUUUGGAACAUUGCUCUUUGUAGGUUGAAAGUGAUCACUCCAGAAACAAUUUCUGUUGACAGGUUGGGUAGGAAGAUAAAGAUACAUGCCUGAGUCUGUGUGAGUUGUUAAUGUCAUUAAAUCCAAGGUGAGAAAAACAACACUCUAAUGCUGGCAAGCCUUUAUGAAGUUUAAAAGAAUAUAUUCUUUUCUACUCUCUAUUUUAAAUAAGAUUAAUUUAUUUACCCAAUAAAAGUAUUCACAGUGUGUCUGUGACUUAUAAAGAUGUUGCUCAAAAAAUCCAUGCACUUCCUCCUGAAACAAUUUAGAUCAUAAAGCUGUUUGUAGAAGUUACAAGCGUUAGUCAACCGAAAAUGAAGCAGUCUAAAAUCUUAGUACAAACCCAUUUGUGGACUGAUAAACCCAUUUGCAGACUGAUAAAAUGAGUAUAAUUUAUGGUUUGGAUACCUUAUUGGCAUAUGUAUUAAAAUUCUGGUAUGUCUAUUUUUCUUAGUAUUGCAUUAGCUGUAAUUUCUAUGUAAUGCUUCAAUUCAUUUAUAUAUUUGCACAACACACUAUCAGAUAAAAAAGUGCCAAAAUGUGUAUAAGGAGGUCAUCACUUUAGCUUAAUUGCGCACAAAUUUCCUGCAUACUCUGAUGCUUAAGACCAAUAACGAGACUGCUACAGCUAGAAUAAACGCAUUAGCCUAUAAAUUUAGAGCUUCUACCUGCUUUGCAAAGAAAGAAUCAUCUCUAAAUGAGCCUAGUAACAUUGAUUUGUGAUUAAUCAUUUUACUUAGUGACUCAUCUAUGAUCACAGUACAACAAAAAUGUCAUGUUUGUUUAGUGGCAUUAACUCCAUUUAUCUUCUCUGCAUUCAGAGAAUUGCCUUGUUGUCAGUGUGGGACGGGGAAUACAGCUGAACAGUACUGUUAUUAAAGGCCUUGUGAUGUUGGUUUACCUAAAGCAGAGUAUGGACAAAGAAAAGAAAAAAAGUAUGGGUUUUUUGGGUAGUAACCAUUCCCUUCCUUGAAAUUUAAUUAUUCUACUUGAUCAAGCCAAACCGUUGUAGUAAUGAUCUUGUAAACAAACUAAUUUAAUCUCGAAUACCAGUAUUAUUCUAGUUGCUUCUGAAUUUUUCUUUUUAAGGCCAUCUAUCUCUGCAAAUUAACAAGUCCUCUUGACUCUACUUUUGAGGCUAUUUUGCUUUACAGUUUGCAGAGUAAACCCAACUC